CUCGGAGGAACUCGAGUCACAAACGUCGGUCGAAGUCGGAUAAUAUCGAAGAGGGUAAAAUACAGUUUUCCCCGAUGUUCUGUCAUCGCUGGGCCAUGCUCAUCGAGUGCGUAAUCAUUUCGAGUCAUACUCCAGCCUAGAGACCAAUUUGGCUUACCAAAUGUUAACGAGGCACAUCGAAAAUGUGCCACAAAACCAAUAAUCAAAUGUUGCACGAAAACGGUACCAAACUCUGCCUACUCUUGCUCCUGGCUAUUUGCACUCGGGUCUAUUCGACUCAAGCAAAGCAUGUGAUUACAAAACGGAACUACAGCGACCAGAGUGUCCGAGGAUAUCUGGCAGAGAGAACUUGCUGGGGAAAUGAAGUCUGCAAAGAGGAAUUUCACAGCAAAUUUCGGUGUCGAUGCCCGAGGUGGUAUUACUGCAGAGCACCGGGUCGUUACUACGACGCUAGGUGCAGUAUGACCAGUACCGGAUACAUAUGGACCCAACCGGAAACAUCCUUAGCCCUGGAAAUUGAAAAGUAAUUCAGGAAUAUUAUUAAACUCUAAAACAUGAUUCAGCUUAUCGCCAAUAUCCGCAUACCUCAUAGUAUAACCAAAUUCACUAUAUAAAACUAUUCUCUCGGAUUCUUUUGUCACCGUCUUACGAUAAUAAAUUAAUGAAUACUAAUCAGCUAUGAGAUCUCGAAUGCGAUCGUUUCGCAUCGUAUUAUUUAGGCAUCGCAGACACGUGAAGAAUUGAUUUAGCCAUUAAGGAUAUUAAUUACCGUAAGGUGCGAAUGUUGUUUUUCCCGAACUCUGUGUUUUUUUUAUCGCCUUAUUGAGCAUUUAUUAUGGGGGAGGAAAAGAAAAACAACAACGAGGCUUGAAAAAUAUACUAACAAAUUUAUUUUCAACGAUAUGUGAUGCAACGACUAUCAGUAGAGGAAUUAAAAUAGAUUGAGAUGUUGAAUUAGAGAAGGUUCAGAUUUAUACGUCGACCUUCUUAGACCAAUUGCGAAGUACACAGCCUAUAAAUUUACGAAAAUUUUAUCACGAUAUCGAUUCAUCGGUGAUAUAUUAUUCGCAGUAGUGAUGAAAGAGAAACUGAAUAAACAGUUUCGCGACAAUAUUAUAUCCUAGGUGAUAAUUUAAUGUUCAUUGUUAUCGGUUAUUGUAUUACCUAUUUGCCACUAUAAUAUACACGUAUACAAGUAAAA